UUUGCGACGGUGUGCUUCUCCAGUUUCCGACAGUGUGGCUGUCGAAGCGCAACUGCUGUGAAUAAGCCGUUUUCGUUUCCUGUUUUAAGUUCCAAAAACUCGUCUUUUUAUUUUUUCAAACUAAUUAUCGACAUACAUAACUAUAUCGAUAACCUAUUUAUUGGUCGUAUCAGUCAAAAAUACGUGUUUUAACAGCUUCAGUUCCAUUCUGAAGUUACAACUCGAGGCCCGGUGGGGAGUUAGAUCGAGCGGCUCUGAAAGUUUGUUGUUGUCACGUGACGUAAUACGAAUGCGGCGAUAAAGUUUUUGUUUCGUUAUCAAAAGUACCAUACUACAUUUCAACACUAUCUAUUCAAGUAAAUAUUUUAAAACAAUGCCUCAAUCAAAAUACAGGAAGAUUGCUGUGAUUGGGUACAGAUCUGUAGGAAAGUCUUCUCUCACGAUACAGUUCGUGGAAGGACAGUUUGUAGAUUCCUAUGACCCUACCAUUGAAAACACCUUCAACAAAAUGGUGUCUGUCAAUGGUCAAGAUUUCAAUCUUCAAUUGGUCGAUACUGCUGGUCAGGACGAGUAUUCUAUUUUUCCUCAGUCUCAUUCAAUGGACAUACAUGGUUAUGUCUUGGUCUAUGCAGUAACCUCCAUGAAAAGUUUUGAAGUUGUUCAGGUUCUUCAUGACAAGCUGCUAGAUAUGGUUGGGAAAAUACAGGUGCCAACUGUUCUUGUUGGGAACAAAAAAGAUCUCCACAUGGAAAGGGUGAUCAAGCCAGAGGAAGGGAAGAAGCUGGCUGACUCAUGGGGAGCAGCAUUCAUGGAGUCUUCUGCCAAGGAGAAUGAGACCGCGGUAGAGGUGUUCAAGCAGAUCAUCUUGGAGAUGGAGAGGGCGGAUGGGAACGUUCCCUCAGAGGAUAAAAAGUGUGCAGUGAUGUAAGAGACUCACCAGGACAGCAGUAAGCUCAUUGGCCAAUGCCAGGAGACACAACAUCACCAGCCUGCCAAUUAUGAUCUCCACAGCACCAAGGGGCCUGCAAUGUGGCCUUUAUAAUUCGACAGUGUUUUUCAAAGGCAGUCAAUCACAUUCAAGGCUGAUUUAAGGAGAACUGACAGGUGUCACACAAGGGUUUCAUUGUCUGGUUUACUGAAGUCUAUAAUGUUCAUGAGAAAACAGAACCUAUGAAUAUGCCAAAUGUCACAAUCCCAAACUUCACAACAACAAAAACAUAUUCCUGAUAUUUCAAUAAUUUCUAUCUACUAGUUAAUCACGUGUGAACAGGUUGAGUGCUGACUGGAUAGUGCCCCAAACUCUCAUUGGCUAGCUUUACCUUGUACAUAGUAAAGGCUGAACGUAAUGCCUGAAAAAACAUGCCUGACUCCUUUUCUCAGGUCAUCUGUAUACUUCACUGAAUAUACUGGCCAUGGCUGAUAUUGCCCACAGUUCACUCUGCAUUUGUGUGAGCGUUGGAAAGUCAGUAUAAUUCACAACUGGUUAAUGUCUUGGUUAUUGUACUUUGGGAUUUAUUUUCCUUCACACAACAUGUGUGUUGUGGAAAUAUAGUUCCUUUUGCAUUGGUCUUAGCAAUUUUGUUUUGUACAGAACAGUGUUCAAGUCAGCUUCAGAAUACACUUCAGUCUUGAACUGUAAAUCAUGCCAAUUUGUAUUUUCUAGAACACAUUUAUGUUCGUGAGGACUUUAGUUCUCUUUCCCUUCCUUUUCCCUUCCUCUAUGAUUUACCUGUCAUUUCACUGUAUAAUUACACUAUAAUUAUCUAGGCCCCCUUGAAUGAAGUUUAGACUAGAAGAGAGUGGAAGGGAUAGUUAUAUUUAUAAGUUCUGGCUUUUUGAUCCCAGAGAACUAGGACCCUAGUAGACAGAUGUUUGAUAGUGUUGUUGGUUAUUUCUUGAGACAGUACCAUUUUGUUCAGCAGCUUAUUGAAUAAAAUGUAUUGACUAUAAUUAAUAAGAUAAUGAAAAUCUUAUUAAUUUACUGAUAAUUCCUUACCACCGUGGGCUACAAACCAGUUAAUGGGGACCACAGCAUCUGCUGGUUUAAUUUUUUAAUCUUUUUUUUUUAUUCCAGAAGUAUAGGGUUAUUCAUGCAAAACAUGGUUACCUUAUAAUGCAUUAUGACUUAUGGA